CCGCUUUCCCCAAACCCUACAGGCUCCUUCCCCUUUCAUCUUCUUCACAAAAGAAGGGUUCUUUGUCUAAAUCUUCAAACAUUCACAUGGUAUCACAGCCUGGUUGGCUUUGAAUACCCUUCGCAUUUCCUCCCCUCUUUCCCCCCAUCUGAUAAUCUAUCUUCUUACCCACAAUGGGACUAUCACUGACGGAGACGAGAGCACUCAGCCUGGGACGAGGCCCGGCAACGGCAGCGGCCCAAGCCAAGCUCUUUUUGAGGAUCCUUACAACAAUCCUUUCUACCUCGCCAACAGUGACAACUCUUUCCUCCCAGUCAUCGGCUUCAAACUCACAACCGACAACUACCUGUUGUGAAGUGAGUCGAUGGAGGUAGCCCUGAAGACCAAAAUCAAGUUUGGCUUCGUGGAUGGCUCGAUUAAGGUACCAGAUCUCCAAGAUCCCCUUUUUAGCACCUGGGAAAGGUGUAAUGGAACAAUAGUAUGCUGGAUUCGUAACUUUGUUUCUGAUGACAUUGUGCCUACUCUUAGAAGCAUUAAAUCUGCUGCUGAUGCUUGGACAUAUUUGAAAUCUAAGUUUGGUCAGGGUGACUAGAUUUGUAUAGCUGAUCUACAGGAGAAAGUCGACUUGAAUAAACAGGGAACGUUGUCUAUUAGGUAGUAUUUUACAAAUCUGAAAGUUUCAUGGGAUAAGUUGCAUUCAUAUCUCCUAAUACCGUUCUGUGAUUGUGCGGCUGGAACAUACAAUACUGUGAUAAAAUAUCAAGAGUAUGCUAAAGUGAUUAGGUUCUUGUUAGGCUUAAAUCAGAACUUUCAGCAAGUCAGAACCCAGAUGCUUAUGUUGGACCCCUUUCCUGAUCUUGAUACAGUCUAUAGAUCUGUUGUGCAACUUGAGAGGCAAAUGAAUGGAACUAGUCUAACAGGUGGAAAGGGGACAUAUGCCAUUGCCUUGGCAGCAUCUGGUAAUCAAAACAGGAAUGGCCAGAACUUUCAAAGUUCUCAGAACUCCCAAAAGGAGGAAAGAAGAGGUGAUUUGUUCUGCAGGUAUUGUAAGAAAGACAACCAUGUCAUUGAAGACUGCUGGAAACUAAAAAAGAAGAACAAAAUGCAAGGAAACCCUAGAUCUGGUAGUUCUGGGAAUAGGGGCUUUACUGGAGCAGUUGAUACAAUGUCUGAAGGUUUCUCAAGUGGUGCACAAUUUACUCCUCCUAGCCCUGGAGCAGACCAAAGGAGCCGAUCUGUUGCUGAUGCGCAAGCAUUAUUUGCCAGUUUCUCCACUGCAGUUGAUGAGCUGGGGAAACUGAAGCAUCUUUUCAACUAGCAUUCAAUCCAUCAAGCCUUUGGAUCUGCUCCAAGUUCCCCAAACAGGAACACCUCUGCAAGUCAGGCUAAUUCAGUGACAGUGAGAAACCAUGGAAAAUCACCAAUGUCAGGUAGCAUUACUAUCUCUUUCUCCCAAAAUGUGUAUGACAAGGGUUUAUGGGUCCUAGAUACUGGAGAAAGUGAUCAUAUAGUGUGUGUGAAAUUGCUUCUUUUCUUAGAUGUAGACCUGUUCAGUGCAUCACGGUAACACUACCUAAUGGGGAACAAACACCUGCAACACAUAUUGGGAUAGUUAAGUUAGAAAGUGGUAUCUUACUUACCAAUGUCCUGUUAGUGCCUACCUUUUCCUAUAAUCUCAUUUCCAUAAGUUAGUUGACUAAAAGUUCACCAGUCUCACUCCUUCUCAAAUCCAAUUUUUGUUUCAUCCAGGACCUUGUAUCUCGACAGAGGAUUGGUUCAGUCCAGGUCACUAAGGGUCUUUAUUUACAGGGGAGUUCCAGAAGUCAUUCAACCAGUUCCAAAGUUCUUUCCACCACUUCACAAAACACCAAUCAAGACUCAGACUUAUGGCAUAUGAGAUUAGGGCACCCAUCAUUGUCUAGAUUACAGGAAUUACAAAAGGAUGUUGAUAGUAUAGUUUUGCCUUUGUCUAAACAUUGUGAGAACUGUCAUUUGUCCAAACAAAAGAGAUUACCUUUUUGUAGAAGCUCCACUACUAGUGAUGCUAUUUUGGACCUUGUUCAUAUUGACAUUUGGGGGCCAGUGGAUGUGGUUUCUGUUGAUGGAUUUAAAUAUUUCUUGAGUGUUCUAUAUGAUUGUAGUAGAUGUGUUUGGCUUUACAUGAUGGCUAAUAAGUUUGAUGCAAGGAAUCUUGUUCAGUCUUUCUGUGCCAUGGCACUAACUCGGUUUGAUAAAAAAGUUAAGGUGAU